CAGCCCCCAGCCGGCUGCUUCCCACCCUGCGCAGCAUGAGUUACUUCCUGUCUUACUGCAAAGCUCAUGGCGGCGCGCUGCUCACUGGCUACCAGGCCCUGCGCGCCGAGGGCUUCCUGUGCGAUGUGACUUUGGAGGCCCAGGGCAGCGAGUUCCCGGUACACAGGUCCCUCCUCGCGUGUUCCAGCGACUACUUCAGGGCCCUGUUCAAGAGCCACACCCUGGAAUCCCGGGCACGCGUGAUUCACCUGCACGUGCCGUCGGCCACCGGCCUGCAGCGCCUGCUGGACUUCAUCUACACCGCCUGGCUGCCGCUCUCCAUGGACACUGUGGAGGACACGCUGGAGGCCGCCAGCUACCUGCAAGUCACCGAGGCCCUGGGACUGUGUGGCCGCUACUUGGAGCGCCUGCUGGCUCUGGAGAACUGCUGCUUCGCUGCCAAUGUGGCGACUGCCCAGCGCCUGGCCCACUGUGCUGCGCUGCUGGAGCGGGUCCGCUUCGGCCUGAUCCCCGUGGACGUGCUGCGGCCCGUGUACUCGGGCUCCGGCCUUGUGCUGCCCACUCGAGUCAAAGGCCUCAUUAUCCAGGCCCUCAACUACCAUACAGCGCCCUCCCGCCAGCCACUCUUGCAGGGCGAGCAGACCAGCGUCCGGAGCCCACAAACCCGCAUCUUAUUGGUCGGGGGGCGCAGGGCGCGGGAGGCGGUGACUGAAGAGGUCAUGGUCCCCCAAGGGGCAGCCAGGGGUAGGGGCGCCGCAGCAGAGCCAGAGGAGGAGGUGGCGGAGGAAGGAGAGCAAGUGGAGGAGGGAGAGGAGGAGGACGAGGACUGGGAGCUCACCCAGGACGUGGUGGCCUUCGAUGUGUACAACCACGGCUGGCGCAGCCUCACGCAGCUCCCGGCACCGCUCCUGGGGCACAGCGUGUGCGCAGUUGGGAACUUCCUGUUCGUCCUGGGCGGGGAGAGCCCUUCCUGUGGGGUAAGUGUUUUCCUAGGUGCUAAACUGUGA